UUUUACUCCAGUCUCAGUCAGAUCAGUAACGUCAGAUCAGUGCUAUCAGCAGGUCGCACCAUGUUACCGUUGAGCUCGCUCUGCAGGGGCGUGCGCUUCAUGGCCCAGCAGCAUGUGGUGGCUCUGGAGUGCUGCUCUGUAUUGUGUACGCGUGCUUCCUCAUCCUCGUGCCCAUCCUCACUGCACGUGCCCCCUCCUGCCUGCAUGCUGCGCCCGCUCGAGGUACCGUACCGCUACCUGUUCGGACCUGGACCGUCUAACGUGUCACCCCGUGUGCUGGCCGCUGGAGGGAGACCCAUCAUCGGUCACCUGCAUCCGGAAAUGUACGAGAUCAUGAACGACAUUAAGGAGGGUGUCCGCUACGCCUUUCAGACUACCAACCUCAUGACGCUGGCGAUGAGCGGGUCGGGUCACACGGCCAUGGAGUGUGCAGUGUUUAACAUCGUGGAACCGGGAGAGAGCGUCCUGGUGUCCAUUAACGGCGUGUGGGGAGAACGCGUGGCUGAAAUCGCAGACAGAAUGGGUGCCAAAGUUCACACUCUGGUAAAAUCUCCUGGUGGUUAUUUCACAAAUGAAGAAAUCGAGAAGGAGAUUUCCAAACACAAACCCGUUCUGUUCUUCCUCGCACACGGAGAAUCCUCAGUUGGUCUCGCUCACCCUGUAGAUGGCAUCGGAGACAUCUGCCGCAAGUACAACUGCUUGUUCUUGGUGGAUUCCGUGGCGUCUCUGGGAGCUUCACCUCUUCUCAUGGACAAACAGAAGAUCGAUAUUCUGUACACGGGCUCACAGAAAGCUUUAAACGCCCCUCCAGGCACAGCACCGAUUUCAUUCAACGAAAGGGCAUGUCAGAAGAUGUUCAACAGGAAGACGAAGCCCGUGUCCUACCUGCUGGACAUGACUCACCUGUCCAACUACUGGGGUAAUGAUGGUAAACCUGCCCGAAUGUAUCAUCACACCGGCCCCGUGUCCGGGUUCUUUGCCCUGAGAGAGAGUCUCGCCAUCCUCACAGAGAAGGGUCUGGAGAACUCGUGGAGACAGCACAGAGAGGUAGCAGAGUACCUGUGGAAGGGUUUAGAAGACCUCGGCCUUAAACUCUUCAUCAAGGACAAGGAUCUGAGGUUGCCGUCAGUCACCACCAUCACGAUCCCUGGAGGGUACAACUGGAAAGAGCUUCUAACGUACAUGAUGAAACACCACCAGAUGGAGAUGAUGGGAGGCCUGGGGCCGUCCAUUGGCAUGGUGAUACGAGUGGGGCUGAUGGGCUACAACUGCAGCACGUAUAAUGCUGAUAAAGCUCUUGCAGCCCUGGCUGACGCCCUGAAACACUGCAAAAAACACAAGGCCUAAAGACAGUCACAUGACGACAUCAGACUCCUCCCUCGACUACCGGACAGCUGUAUAGACAGCAAACACACCACAGACGACUUACCACGUUAAGACGAUAUGUAAAAUGUACAGUAAACUUUAGAAGAAGAAAAAAAAGUUCUCUUUUAUUAUUAAAAUGACCAAUUCAAGCACUCAGGGUCUUAUAAUCUCAGGUUUGUGUUCACGUCUGAACCCUGGAUCACGUUUGUGCACGCAGGUUUGCAAAACAGUCGACACUAGGUUCACCCAUUUGUUGUUUUCCUUUGGAACGAAGAAGGACAGAGGUUUUUAGAGAUCACAGUGGUUUUUUUGCUACGUUCCCAGUGCACCACAAAGCAAUAGGACAAUGAUUGAAAUGUCUAGUGGCUGGGCUGGAGAGACCAACCCUACGUUUUUGUCCAACAUGUACAGAGCAGGCUUAUUUCAUUGUUAUAACAGAUAGAAUAUGUUAUAACCACAGAAUCCUGAUGCACUAAAUACACGUCUGAUUUGUCUGA